AUGGCGGCUUCUGUGGAGAAGUUUCAUUGCCCUUUUGUGGGUCUUAGCGGGUGCCAGGAUGGAGGUGGGCGUGGUUUGGUGAGGAGUUCUCUGAUCACUCACUUGCGGGAUCGUCAUUGUUGCUCUGGUGUGCGGGAUGUAACCCGUCAUUCCCUUACUACCAAUUUGCAGGUUUUUUCUACGGCUGAGGUGACCUUUCGUCGUAUGGGUAUUUGGCUAUGUGGAGAUUGUUUCAAGACACAUACUCAACGUACUAGGUGUCGACAUGGCAGUGGUUCUAUUACUGUUUUUGUGGACCCACCUGAUUCUGGGGAUGGUAUUUUUCGUUUUAUUCUCUAUGGUAUUCAAAAACCGCAAGCUCCUGCUUCCGAGCUGUCUUCUUCUGAUGCGCCUCGAGAACAUCAUUUUUCUUUUGAUGUUGCUCUUCUAGACACUUUAUUGUCUAAGCGAUUACGCUCUGUGAAAUCCAUCCCUCCCAGAUGUCGUUUGGGUUUUUCGCGAGUUCUAAAAGGGGCGCUUGAUAAGGUGAUUUGCAGACCUGAUGACAUCGCUUGUUGGGUUCAGUUGCUUGUGUUACCUCUUUGUGUCCUCACGACUUUUUCACCGCGAAGUAAUCGUGAGUGUUCCUCUGGUGUUCGGCGGCGACGACAGGAAGAGUGUAUCACCUCUGCUAUUCGUUCUUGGGGUGAGCCUGGUGGUUCCGAGCAACUAGUCAUAGACACAUUGGCUAGUGUGUCUCCAUUGGAUGUUGACGAAGACCAUGAUUUGGCGGAGCGUAAUAUUAAGCAAUGCAAGAGAAAGAUUUCUGACGGUCACUACACUGCUGCAGUUAGGGUUCUUUCUUCCUCGGGUCUUGCCCCUUACAAUGAUGCUACCCUUGCAGAUUUGCGAGCAAAGCACCCUUCCGUUCCGGUCCCUACCUUACCGGAUAUCCCUGUUGAUCAUCACCUUACUGCUUCCUCCGCUGUUGUUUUGGAGCAGAUUAAGGGCUUUCCGCGUGGUACUUCGUGCGGUAGGGAUGGCUUGCGUGCCCAACACCUUUUGGAUUGCUUGGGUGGUGCUUCUGUAGCUGUUUCUGAUGAGUUGGUGGAUGCUAUCACUCAGGUAGUUAAUCUCUUUCUUGCUGGAAAGUGCCCUGCUGUGCUUGGAGGAUACAUUGCUAGUGCUCCUCUUACGCCACUUGUUAAGCCUGGUGGGGGUAUUCGGCCUAUUGCUGUGGGCACUAUUUGGAGGCGCCUUGUUUCUAAGGUCGGGGCUGCUUUGGUUGGUCCGCGUUUAGGAGCCUACUUUGGAGGUAUUCAGUUUGGAGUUGGGGUUCCAGCAGGUGGUGAGGCCAUUCUCCAUGCUGUCAAUCGGUUGGUUGAGGCUCGUGGGGCCGAUGUUGGCCUCUCUAUGUUAUUGGUGGAUUUUCAGAAUGCGUUCAAUUUAAUUGAUCGAUCGGCUUUGUUGCGUGAGGUUCGGCUUCAUUGUCCUGCUCUUUCGCGUUGGGUUGAAUUCUGCUACUCUUCUCCAGCGCGGCUGUAUUAUGGGGAGCAUACCUUGUGGUCUUGUCAGGGUGUGCAGCAAGGGGAUCCUCUCGGCCCUUUGCUUUUUUCUUUGGUUCUACAUCCAUUGGUGUGUCGCAUCAGAGACUCAUUUGAUCUAUCUCUUCAGGCUUGGUACUUGGACGAUGGCACUAUCGUUGGUGACACUUUGGUGGUUGGACAGGUCUUGGAGUUGAUUUUGGAGGAGGGUCCUCAUUUAGGUCUCCAUGUUAAUGUUGAGAAGACGGAGGUUUUCUGGCCUUCGGAGGACCCACGCAGUCAUCUGGAGGGUGUCUUUCCUACGGAUAUUGCUCGUCCUGCGCUCGGUGUUAAGUUGCUUGGUGGCCCAGUCAGUACGGAUUCCUCUUUUUGCAAGGAGUUGGUUUCGCAGCGUGUGUCGAAGACUGUUGUGUUGAUGGAUGCUGUAGCCAAGCUUAAUGAUCCCCAGUGUGAGUUGUUGCUUCUUCGUGCGUGUACUGGAGUUUCUAAACUCUACUUUGCUAUGCGCACUUGUCCGCCUCAUCUUUUCGAAGCGGCCCAAUUAUCUUUUGAUGUGGCUCUGCGGGCUUCUUUAGAGCGCAUCGUGACUGCUUCGGGGCCUGGGUUCGGUGACUGGCAAAGGCGCCUUGCCACCUUGCCUUAUUCUUAUGGAGGAUUGGGUGUUUAUUCAGCUGGUGAUGUUCGGCAUUAUGCUUUUCUUGAAUCCCGUUUGCAGUCUUCUGCUUUGCAGGAUUCGCUUCUUCGGCUUUCAGGUGUUGAUGGACCGGGACCGGCCUUUGAUGAUGCUCUUGGUCUUUUCAAUAGGACCGUGGAGUCCGACCUUAUGCGUAGCCCUAGUGAGAUCGCUGCCCCCACACUCAUGAAGAAAUUGGCAGACAUAUAUUUCACGAAGGUUACUGCUGAUGCGGAAUCCGCCUACUCCUUAUCUUCACGUCUUGUUGCCCUAUGGAAAUCGCAGCAGGGGGAUCACUCCUCGGCUUGGUUGCGGGCAAUCCCCAUCUCGGGUUUAGGCCAGACUAUGAACGGCAGCAGCGUGUAUCUUUGAAAGUAGUUGGAAAAAUUCAACCUUUGGGAUCACGAAUUUGAUUGGACCAACUCAACACAUCAGUAUUGCUGGACACCCAAUUAAAGGCUUUUACUUCGCACCAACGGGAAUCAACUUGAGUUUAACAGUUUCGGUGAUGAGUUAUAUGGAAAAUCUAAGAAUUGGGUUAGUAGUUGAGAACGGUUUCAUCGAUCACCAAAAACUAAUCUCAUGUGUGGAGAAUGCGUAUCAACUCAUUCUUCAAGCUGCAAUUGCUU